GCGGCAUGCCGGGACCGGAAGUAGUUCCAGCCGGCUGGUGUUUCCACGGACGCCCAGAAGGUACCGGUGACUGAACCAUCCGUGCUGACUGGUGGGGCCGAACGAGGGCCGCCGAGUCCUGUGUCAACUGCUGAACACACUACUCACAAGCCAGCUGCAGGCCUAGGGCCUAGAAGAUGGCAGACAUGCCCAGUGGCGAGACCUGCACCUCUCCACUGGAGCUGUUCAACAGCAUAGCUACUCAAGGGGAGCUCGUGAGGUCCCUCAAAGCUGGAAAUGCACCAAAAGAUGAGAUUGAUUCUGCAGUAAAGAUGUUGUUAUCAUUAAAAAUGAGCUAUAAGGCUGCCAUGGGGGAGGAAUACAAGGCUGGCUGCCCUCCUGGGAAUCCAACAGCUGGGAGUAAUAGUGACCCAGAUGCCACAAAAGCCAACGAGGAUUUUGUGGAUCCAUGGACAGUGCGGACAAGCAGUGCAAAAGGCAUCGACUACGACAAGCUCAUUGUUCAGUUUGGAAGCAGCAAAAUUGACAAAGAGCUGAUAAACCGAAUAGAGCGAGCCACUGGCCAAAGACCACACCGCUUCCUGCGCCGGGGCAUCUUCUUCUCUCACCGAGAUAUGAAUCAAAUUCUGGAUGCCUAUGAAAAUAAGAAGCCAUUUUACCUGUACACGGGCAGGGGCCCCUCCUCCGAAGCAAUGCAUCUGGGUCAUCUCGUCCCAUUUAUUUUCACAAAGUGGCUGCAGGAUGUGUUCGAUGUGCCCUUGGUCAUCCAGAUGUCUGAUGAUGAGAAGUACCUGUGGAAGGACCUGACUCUGGAACAGGCAUACAGCUACACCGUGGAAAAUGCCAAGGACAUCAUUGCCUGUGGCUUUGACAUCAACAAAACUUUCAUCUUCUCUGAUCUUGAGUAUAUGGGGCAGAGCCCAGGCUUCUACAAGAAUGUGCUGAAGAUUCAGAAGCACGUCACUUUCAACCAAGUGAAAGGCAUCUUUGGCUUUACUGACAGCGACUGCAUUGGGAAGAUCAGUUUCCCUGCUGUUCAGGCCGCACCAUCAUUCAGCAACUCUUUCCCGAAGAUCUUCCGAGACAGGACGGAUAUCCAGUGCCUCAUCCCGUGUGCCAUUGACCAGGAUCCGUACUUCAGAAUGACGAGGGACGUGGCCCCCAGAGUCGGCCAUCCUAAACCUGCCCUGCUGCACUCUACCUUCUUCCCUGCCCUGCAGGGCGCCCAGACCAAGAUGAGUGCCAGUGACCCCAACUCCUCCAUCUUCCUCACUGACACGGCCAAGCAGAUCAAGAGCAAGGUCAACAAGCAUGCAUUUUCUGGAGGAAGAGACACUGUGGAGGAGCACAGGCAGUUUGGGGGCAACUGCGAAGUGGACGUGUCCUUCAUGUAUCUGACCUUCUUUCUUGAAGAUGACGACAGGCUGGAGCAGAUCAGAAAGGAUUACACCAGCGGAGCCAUGCUCACUGGAGAGCUCAAGAAGACGCUCAUAGACGUCCUUCAGCCCCUAAUCGCAGAGCACCAGGCCCGACGCAAGGCAGUCACUGAGGAGACAGUGAAGGAGUUCAUGGCGCCGCGGCAGCUAUCCUUCCACUUCCAGUAAUGUCUCUUUUCUGUGACAAACCUCUCUGUAAUCUCACCCUGUCAAAUCAAGUCACACUCCCAAUAGGCUUCUGCCACGUGGUAAUUCCUGGACCUGGGUCUCUGUGCACUUGUGCAUUCUGGAUGCCGUUUCCUCUGAUGUCUCUCCAUCUGUUGUCUGCUAAGGCUGAUCAGGUGAUGCUAAUGUGUGGUCAGAUAGAACCCCAGCCCGGAAUCUCUCCUACAAAGAGCCCAGAGGUGGUGCCACCCUGGUCCACAGAGGACCGUUCUUAGCCUAGGGUUCCAGAACAAAAGUAUGUGUGCUCAGCUGGCCAUGGUGGUUGUACACACUUUAUAGUCUCUACUCAGGAGGCUAAGACACAAGUUCUAAGCCAGCCUGGGCUACCUAGCAAGAUCCUGUAGUCAUCUGCAUUUGAUUCUGCUUCUGUGGAGUCAGAAUGUCAUUUUACUGUAAAACUGAAAACUGCAGUGAAAAACUGACAAGGAGACAUGUAGUGGGACAUGCCACUGCCUCAGCCCAUGGCAUGCACACACAUAUAUACAUUUUUAUGUAAUACGGACAAGCUUUGCUUUACACUUGACUAGGAAGUCAUCAGCUUUGUCCUGGCGGUGUAGCUCAGUGGGUGGUGGAGCACUCGUCUAGCAUGCAUGAUGCCCUGGGUUCAGUCUCCUGCACCACAAAGCUGGGUGGAUAAUUCGGUUCUAUGCUUAACCCUGAUUAUGGACCAGGCUGGGUCAUUUCUACUAACCCGAGUCUUGUGGGUGAGCCUUGAGGCUGAGGUAACUAAACUCCAGAUCACGCGUGCCAUCUCCUCCAGAAUCAUGCUCGCUACCCUUUAGUGUACUAACUUCCCCACAGAUGGCCCAGACUCCUCCCUGUAAAGCCUAGAGGUGGCCCCUCCCAGACACCCGACUCUAAGGACAGUCUGUUGCCUUUACAGAUGCUUUUGCUUUGACACUUGACUGAAGUGGAGGGCGGGCCAGAACAGUGUGCUGGCCGUGCCUCAGGCUGGUGGACCAUAGCUAGACAGAAAAGAACAGCAGCGGUCCAGGCCCCUGUGUUCUCUCACUGGGCGGGCUACUCGUAAUGAGCUUCCACUCAGAGUCUUGGAAAAGCAGAAGCCAUGUCUCAGGGAAAGCCCCUGGUUGAAGUGUCUGUCCUCUCUGAAGGCACAAGGGCCACUCUGAGUGUUAUGUCCUUGCAUCAUUUUCAGACAAAAAAUAAUAAACUUUGUUGUGCUCCUGUC